CUGCUUAGUCAUGACCUGCCUGCACUUUAAGAUUGUCAUUUUUACGUUUCCGUGAUUUCAUAAUGAUACAUGUAACCUGCAGUUACUGUAACGCAGUAAAGGAAUCAGGAGAGGGUGAAUAAAUAGAGAGCUCGAUUAAUUAAAUACCCCCGAUAGAGGAUUUAUCGCGGACAUUAUGAAAUGCUACCCUGAAUCAUACACAACAUUGAUCAGAAUUCUUAUCAAGAAAUAAACAAACGGACAGAGCUAAUGCGGUGACGUCACCCGUUUUCAAAUUGGUCAAUAAAUAUGCGAUUCGAUCGUUUGACAAGCAUCACUUCUCAGCGACAGCAGUGCAUAAUUAGGACUUUCUGAGUUCCGAAAGUAUUUCACUCCUUUACAACUUAUUUCUGAAAACAAAAUGAAUUUAAUUUUGGAACACAUUGGUGUAACGUUUACAGGUCCAGAUUUCAUAAAGUUUGUUUCCGGUCUAAUGGUUUUGUGGGGAUUGUCCAACCUCGUCACUCUUCAGUUCACCACAGCCCCCUACGGUCGAUACACCCGGUCAGGAUGGGGGUAUUUACUGCCUUCCAAACUCGCCUGGUUUGUGCAGGAGUUACCGUCCUUUGUUGUCCCUCUUUUAGUACUCUCUAGAUGGCGCUAUGAAGAUUUAAAUAUCAUCAAUAACAAUAAUAAGGUGUUAAUUGGAUGUUUUCUGUUGCAUUACUUUCACAGGACUUUCAUUUUCCCACUAAGGAUAAGGGGAGGUAAGCCUGUGCCGAUGUUUCCCUUCCUUGCCGCCGUGUUUUUCUGCUCUGUCAAUGGCGCGCUGCAGACGUGUGGACUUCUGCUAGAAAAGGCCGAGAUCCGCCACUGGCUCCAGCAGGCCAGAUUUUACACAGGUAUUGGGAUAUUUUUCACGGGAAUGUACAUCAACGUCCGAUCAGACAUUUUACUUACAAGGUUACGGGGCAAGAAAGAGAGAGCAUAUCAAACUCCAAAAGGAUUUCUAUUCGAAUACGUCUCUGGCGCCAACUUCCUUGGAGAGAUCCUAGAGUGGGGUGGAUUUGCUGUGGCGUGUAACAACCUCCCAUCUGCGGCCUUCGCUAUUUUCACAUGCUGUAACAUCGGACCGAGGGCGUUUCACCACCACAGGUUUUACCGAGAGAAGUUUGACGACUAUCCAGAGAACAGGAAAGCGCUUAUUCCAUUCCUUCUCUGACAGGAGAUUCAAAUGUGUGGGCUUAAUGCAAUAAACGAUUACUUUUUUAAUUAACUUAAAAUGACAAAUCAUGUACAUUAUUAUGUAUAUGUGUAUGUAAUCUUUUAUUGAAUAAACAGGUUGUAGUUGAAUUUUC